AUGGUUUUUGAUGAUAUAUGGCUUUCUGAUGAUGAAGAAUAUAAACCUGCUAUCACCGAGAACUACGGUCUGGAUGAUAACGGUCCUGUACAUGUUGAUUUGUUGUCUCUGAAAAGAAAGCAUGCAAAACAAGGAUAUUUAGACGGGAUAUCGAAGGCGAAGGAAGAAAGCUUGCAACAAGGUUUUGACGAGGGAUAUCCUAUAGGAGCUAGGAUGGGAGCUCGAAUUGGAGAGAUCUUGGCUCAACUGAAAAUCCUGCUAAUGCAGUCAAAGAUUUCAGCUGAAGACUAUGACUCCGCAUUUCAUGAACUGAACAUAAAGAAAGUACUACAAACUGACUUUUUUGACUCUAAGUUAAACAUGUUGGAUGAACGAGAACAUCCAAUGAUUAGGAAAUGGAUGACAUUUUGUGAAUCUAAAAGGGAUUUGCAAAGUCAGCUUUGA